CCAACCCAAACCUGAAAAUAACCCUUUAACCAACUAACUCCUCUGUUAUUCUUGUUUUAUAAAUUAUUAUUUUUUUAUUUAUUUUGUUCCUUCUCCGGUCUAUCAAAUUAUCAAAUUCCCAAUAACUCCUUCGCCCUUUCCUUCUCACUCUCUCAGAAGCUUUUGACAAUCCAAAACUCAGUCCCCUGCAAACCAAACCAACCCCAAAGGUUAAAUCCGUAAUUUUCCACGACCUCCGUCCACAAUGAACCCACCCAAGCCCGAACCAGACCGCCCGGUUCUGGCCUCAACUUCCUCGCCACCGCGCCUCCUUCUGAGCUCGACCCCAACCUCUGGCUCCCAGAGGAAGAUCGCGAUCGCCGUUGAUUUAAGCGACGAGAGCGCCUACGCCGUCCGAUGGGCUGUCCAAAACUACCUCCGGCCCGGAGACGCCGUGAUCCUCCUCCACGUUCGCCCCACGAGCAUCCUCUACGGUGCUGAUUGGGGCUCCAUUGACCUUAACCUCAACAGCAACAGCAGCAACAACAACAGCCAAAACAAAGCCCUUUCGUCUUCGUCUUUCUCGACGACGACGGAAGAGUCUCAGAGGAAGCUCGAAGACGAUUUUGACAUUUUCACGAACACGAAGGCCCAGGACUUGGCCCAGCCAUUGGUGGACGGAAAAAUUCCUUUUAAAAUCCACAUUGUGAAGGAUCACGACAUGAAAGAGCGGCUCUGCUUGGAGGUCGAGAGGCUAGGGCUCAGCGCCGUAAUCAUGGGGAGCCGAGGGUUCGGUGCCUCCAAGCGCACAGCCAAGGGAAGACUCGGCAGCGUUAGCGAUUACUGUGUUCACCAUUGCGUUUGUCCGGUUGUGGUGGUAAGAUACCCGGAAGAUAAGGAUGGCUCUGAUGAUAGCGUUGGCACUGUCGUAAUGGGUAGUGGGCCUGUGGCGAAGGCGGCGGUACAGCAGGUUGAGCUGCACCCUGUGCCGGAGGAGGAAGAUCAAGAGUACCACGACGCUCCUGCUGACCCCUAAGAAGCUGACCGAGGCAACCCCGGAAAAUGUCUCUACGAUUAAAGGUUGUCAAGUGGUCAAGAAUGCAUGGAAUUUUAUUUGUUUAUAAAUUUAUUUAUGCAUUGCAAAAAUGAAUGAAUCAAUUACCGUGUAUGUCUUUUCACCUCGAAUAUGAUAUGAAAUGAUUGCUUGUGUAUAAUAAUCAGUCGUUUGUGGUUCAUAGCUUAAUAAGCAACAAAAAACAUUUGUAUGUCGUUUUGUUCAGAACAGUUUUUCUUCUUUUAAUUCU